AUGUUGCCCACCCCUCCCGCAUCGCCCACCCUUAAUGGAUUCUGCGCGCCGGAAGAACGUCUAGGCCAGAUCCUGGCCGGCCGUCUGCAACUGACAGGCAUCCUUGGAGUCGGAGCCUAUGGCGUGGUGUACACAGCCGUGGACAUUCAUACAAGCAUUCCCUAUGCCGUCAAGGCACUGAACAAGCUAGGUUUGGAGCCCCGCCAGCGGAAGUUCCAGCAGCGCGAGAUCCAGCUUCACCACCAGGCGUCCGCCCAUCCCAAUGUGGUUUCCUUGGUAAAGAUCAUGGACUCUCCUGACUGCACAUACGUGGUCAUUGAGUACUGCCCGGAGGGUGAUUUGUUUUCCAACAUCACCGAACGAGGCAAGUAUACUGGGAACGAUGCCCUUGCCAAGCGGGCCUUUCUCCAGAUCUUGGAUGCCGUGGAGUACUGCCAUUCCAUCGGAAUCUACCACCGGGACCUGAAGCCUGAGAAUAUCCUGGUCACCGACCAAGGACAUACCGUCAAGCUUGCCGACUUUGGACUUGCCACUGCCGACCACCUCACCUCGGAUUUCGGAUGCGGUUCGACUUUCUACAUGUCACCAGAAUGCCAGACUUCCUCGCCUAAGGCCUAUUCCUGCUAUGCAUCUGCUCCCAACGAUGUCUGGUCCCUAGGAGUCAUUCUGGUCAAUCUCACCUGUGGGCGCAACCCGUGGAAGCGUGCCUCGUUCGAGGAUACCACAUUCCGGGCGUACAUGAAGGAUCCCAAGUUCUUACGGUCCAUUCUCCCGUUAUCUGCUGAGCUGGAUUCCAUUCUCAAGCGUAUUUUUGAGUACAAUCCUGCCAAGCGGAUUACCAUUCCGGAGCUGAGGCAAUUGAUUCUGAACUGCUCAAUAUUUACCACGAGGUCUGCAGCCCCCGCGCCGCUUCCCUCGCCCCCCUUCAAGCCAGUGGAUUAUGCCAGAGAUACUGCCUUCAACGGAAUCUAUCAGGUACAUACUGGCCCUCCAGUCACCCUCCCCGCACCACUUUACGUCCCAUCCCACUUGGAGCUACCCUAUACGCAACACUCCACGUCUUCCGGAAGCUCCGACUCGGACAAUGAUUCUGUGUUCUCUUCCAGUUCGUCAGUCUCAUCUGCCUCGUCAACUUCCUCCUUCACCCAUGUUCCGGCUGCGCCAAAAGGUUCUUCCCGCGGAAUCCAAUCUUCAUACGUUUCCCCGCCACCCACCGCGUGGUACAAUCCCUUCGUCCAGGCGGUCAACCUCGUCAAGCACGUCUCGUUCCAGCCUCCAAUGAUGGCCGCCCCAGUCCACGUAUAUUGA